UUCUAAAGUGUGGUUACGUUUAUUGGAUCUUGAAUUACUCUGAUUUACUCCACGAGUUUACUUCAAUUCGGAGAGUCUUUUUACAUUUUAUUGGAAGUGCUAAGACGCGUACAGCGAAAUUUUUCGCAAAAUGGCGGAUAAGUCACGUCGUGUGGCACAAACGGAGGAUUUAUCAAAUGUCGAGUUCGAAACCAGCGAAGAUGUCGAGGUUAUUCCUACCUUCGACAACAUGGGUCUCCGCGACGAAUUGUUACGCGGAAUCUAUGCGUACGGUUUUGAAAAACCAUCAGCCAUUCAGCAACGAUCUAUUAAACCUAUUAUGAAGGGCAGAGAUGUUAUUGCUCAAGCACAAUCUGGUACAGGAAAAACCGCUACCUUUUCCAUUGCGAUAUUACAGUCACUGGAUACACAAGUACGAGAAACUCAAGUUUUGGUUUUGUCCCCAACCCGAGAACUUGCCACUCAAAUCCAGAAAGUUGUCCUUGCAUUGGGAGAUUUUAUGAACGUACAAUGUCAUGCUUGCAUCGGUGGUACAAAUCUUGGAGAAGAUAUCAGAAAACUUGAUUAUGGCCAGCAUGUUAUAUCUGGUACACCUGGUAGAGUAUUUGAUAUGAUUAAAAGGCGAGUACUCAGAACCAGAGCUAUCAAAAUGCUGGUACUUGACGAAUCUGAUGAAAUGUUAAACAAAGGUUUCAAGGAGCAAAUAUAUGACGUGUAUCGAUAUCUACCACCAGCAACGCAAGUUGUUUUAGUUUCAGCCACUUUACCGCAUGAAAUUCUCGAAAUGACUAGCAAAUUUAUGACAGAUCCUAUCCGUAUCCUUGUCAAACGUGAUGAAUUGACAUUGGAAGGAAUCAAGCAAUUCUUCGUUGCUGUGGAACGAGAGGAGUGGAAAUUUGAUACGCUCUGUGAUUUAUACGACACGUUAACAAUAACACAAGCUGUUAUCUUUUGUAAUACUAAACGUAAAGUAGACUGGUUGACGGAAAAAAUGCGAGAGGCCAAUUUUACAGUAUGUUCUAUGCAUGGAGAUAUGCCACAGAAAGAACGAGAUAACAUAAUGAAAGAGUUUCGAUCUGGUCAGAGUCGCGUGUUAAUUACAACCGAUGUAUGGGCAAGAGGAAUCGAUGUUCAGCAGAAUUUGCCUAACAAUCGUGAAUUGUAUAUUCAUAGAAUAGGUCGAUCAGGACGUUUUGGACGCAAAGGUGUGUCCAUAAACUUUGUUAAAACGGAUGACAUCAGAAUCCUUCGAGAUAUCGAACAAUAUUAUUCUACGCAAAUAGACGAAAUGCCGAUGAAUGUGGCUGAUCUAAUAUAAAAUGCGAGAUUUAUGCGAAAAUCUCGCAUUUAAAAAUUAAACAUUUCACACGUACAAAGAUUCUUUAACUGCGAUUAUGUUAAUAUACAUGAAAUCGUAUGAUUCUAUCAAUAACAGCACAUACCAAUAGUUCUCAAAAUCAGUUUACUUGAAAACCCUUUGAUGCUUAGUAUCCCUAAGUUAUUUUUAAUAUAUAACUUAUACUGUUCUUGUAACAAUAAUAAACGGAAAAAAGUAUUCCAUCACUUUUACA